UUUGAUCUUGAUUCUAACGUAAAUUUGUGACAUCCACGGAAAACCUGGUUUAUCCCCAACCUCAAGCAAUGUAAUUUCCUGUGAAUAAUCUCGUAUCUAUAUGGCUAUAUAAGUAAAUAAAUGAGUAAAACUCGUUUCGUUUGCGUCUCAGUCUGUUUGCUAAAAUGAACAAGGUAAUAAUUUUAGUUGCUUUGUUCAAGACAAUAUCACCAUGCCAAGACCUAUGGUCUAAUAAAUGUGUAAAAGGCGAAGAUUGCUGUUCCGGAUUCUGUGAUCGACCAGAAUCGUGGGAGUUUGGUGUUUGUAAGGAGCAAUUAGCAGGUAAAGCUACGUGCCAUGAUGAUUGGUAUAACAAGUGCCAAGAUGACUCCUCCUGUUGCUCGGGUUUUUGUGAUAAUCCCAAUAAAUUUGAAUUUGGUGUUUGCAAGCCCAAACAGCCUUCGGUCAGCACAGGGGGCGAGAAGAGUUGCCAAGAUAUUAAUUUUAAUAAAUGCAAGAUUAACCAGGAUUGUUGUUCCGGAUUCUGUGACAAACCAGAGUCGUGGGAGUUUGGUGUUUGUAAAGUGAAAUUGCCAGAUAAAGCUGUUACUAACACGUGCCAUGAAGAUUGGUAUAAUAAAUGCAAGGAUAAUUCCGCCUGUUGCUCGGAUUUCUGUGAUAAACCUGCCACCUUUGAAUUCGGUGUAUGCAAGCCCAAUGAGAGCAAAACGCAGCUUAAUCAGAGUUGCCAUGGUAACUAUUUUAAUAAAUGCCAGAUCGACCUAGAUUGUUGUUCCGAGUUCUGCGAGAGACCAGAAUCGUGGGAAUUUGGGGUUUGUAAAGAACCAGAAUGCCAUAAUGACUGGUAUAAUAAGUGCCAAGCUAAUUCAACGUGCUGCUCGAAGUAUUGCGAUAAGCCUGAUAAAUUUGAGUUUGGAGUGUGCAAGCCAAAUUCUACCGGUAUCCAAAGGGACAAGACUGGAAAUGAAAUCUGCAAGCCACUUUACUACAACGAAUGUUACGAAGAUUCCGAAUGUUGUUCCCAGUAUUGCGACAAAGGGCCAAGGCAGGACUGGAAGUUGGGCGUUUGCAAAAAUAAAACUAGCCAAUUUAAUAAUUUAUCAGGCAACGGUACCUGCCAUAAGCUCUGGUACAAUGGGUGUACAAAUUCAACAAGGUGCUGUUCCGGUCACUGCUACUUUGGCGAGAAUACCAAUUGGGAGUAUGGUGUGUGCAAAUGGCCCGAUCUUCAUAAGGACAAGAUUAAAUUGGCUAAAGAUGGCGAUAGUGCCCAAUGUAUGCCGUUGUGGGCCAACAAGUGCCAGAAUAAUGUCGAUUGUUGUUCGGGGUACUGUUACAAAGGGGAGAAAGGUGAUUGGCAGUUUGGUCUUUGCAAGAAUAUCCAAAUGAUAGUUCACUACCAACUGGAGACCAACAAAAGUACCACGUGCAAUAAACAUGAAGGUGAUAGUUGCAUGGGCAAUUUAGAUUGUUGCACUGGUAUUUGCGACACGAGCACCAAGAACACAACUGGCCAGGGUGUGUGCAAGACUAACGAAUUCUAUUUCAUAAUAUCCCUUGAUGAUAAACCAAAUGCUGCUGGUAACAUUGACCAGACUGCAAGGUGUUUCCCACUGUACACGACCGGGUGUUCACUUGACAAAGACUGUUGCGCCGAGGGCGAGGCCUACUGCGACCGCGGACCCGACGGUGACUGGAAGGCAGGCGUUUGUCGACCACAUUCCUACAGACUGUUCAACGAUUCCGCCAAAGAGACCAAAGUUUGUUUCGAGGACUGGUACGAGUAUUGCCUCAAGGACACGGAGUGCUGCUCUGGGUGGUGCUAUAAGGACCCAACAUGGUCAUAUGGAGCUUGUUUUCCUAAUAAAACACCUCGUUCGUACUCUACAACUACAACCAAAUCACUGACCAGAACCAAAAGAUCAUCUAAGCAAAAAUCACUUAUGGUGUGCUACAUUGGAACAUGGGCAAAUUACAAGCCGGAUAAGGGUAAAUUCACAAUCGAAGAUAUAGACGCCAGCCUAUGCACUCACCUUGUUUAUGGAUUUGCCAAGUUGGAAAAGUUUGAAAUCGCAGCAUUUGAUCCUUGGUUAGACUUGUCAAAGAAUGAGACUGGUGGUGGACUAGAUGCAUAUGCUAGAUUCAAUAAGUUGAAGAAAUCCGGGGUAAAAACCAUAGUGGCUAUAGGAGGGUGGAAUGAAGGUUCUGAAAAAUAUUCCCUGAUGGCAUCUACCGCAGCUAGUCGUAUGGAGUUUGCUAGAUCAGUUCUGAAGUUCUUACAGAAGCAUGGCUUUGACGGAAUCGACAUCGACUGGGAGUUCCCGAGCACGCGGGGAGGUCAGCCCCAAGAUCAGUCGACAUUUAGCAAGCUCCUUUCGGCCCUUUCGACCACUAUACGCCCGCAUGGUUUCUCCUUAUCGGUGGCCGUGUCGGCCAACCCGCGGACAGUGGAGACCGGCUACGACGUGCCCACCAUAUCUAGCUUGGUCGAUUUCAUAUCCAUCAUGAGCUACGACUACCAUGGGGCUUUCGACGACAUCACCGGUCACAACGCCCCGCUGUUCGGCCGACCGGACGACGAGGACAAAACCUUCAACGUUAACUAUGGCGUGCGCUUCUGGCUGGCCAAGGGAGCACCGGCUUCCAAGCUUGUCAUGGGAUUCCCCCUCUAUGGCAGGGCUAUCACUCUAAAGGACGGCAAUAAUGGCGUCGGAGCGGCUGUGCGGGGACCUGGUGAACCGGGAAAGUACAGCGGUGAGCCAGGGGCUAUCUACUAUAGGGAGAUAUGCGAGAUGACCAAGAAUGACAAGGACUGGGAUAUCAGGUGGGACUCGACCUCCAUUGUUCCCUACAUGACAAAGGGAGACCAGUGGAUCACCUACGACAACACGGCCAGCUUAAAGUACAAGGCUAUAUACGCACAAAAGCUUGGUUUGGCCGGUGCCAUGGUCUGGUCCAUGGAGUCCGACGACUUCAACGAUGAGUGCGGAGAGGGAAAGAACCCACUAAUGAAAACCAUCGUCGAGACAAUGAACAAUCCGAUCGACCAAUAUCUCGAGCCAGAGAAGCCCAAAGAAGAAGAGAAGAAGUGUCCCAAGUCCGGCAUCGAUAGCGUUCCCAUACUGUCCCAGUUAAAAUCACUGUUCCAGGCGGCCAGUGGCGAUAGCAAGUGUGCCAAGGAGACCCAGGAAAACUUUGUUCGUACAGCACCUAUCAUAUCCCAGGUGACCUCGCUCGUGCAAACUGUUGGAGGCAAUCCCGAGGAGGCCAAGAAAACUCAAAUGAUGUUCCUCAAGCAUCUCGAGGAACAGGUGGACGGCACUCCCGUAUUGGGACACAUAAAGGGUGGAAUUCACCUGGGUUUGGGUGAUAAGGAGAAGGGUGAACAGGUACUGAAGGAUGCCACUAGACCAUUGGCUGUGGUCGGGGGAGGAAUUGCUGGAGCUGUGGCCGGCGGGCCGGCUGGCGCUGUGGCCGGUGGUGUAGCAGCCGGUGCCGCCUAUGAUGGUCUGGUCACUGGUAUAGACAGCGCGGUAAAGGGGAAGUACACGGCGUAUGGCUCAUUGGACUCCAUUCCCAAGGUGUUCAAAGGGGAAGCUUCACCAGGAGAACUGUUUGACACCUUGGCUGGAGUGGUUGGUGACGGUCUGAGCGGACUCGGUGGUAAGGGACUUGUUGGAGGAAAAAAACCAGCUGGAAAGGGUGGUGAAGGUGGAAAAGGGGGUCGCAUACUAUGUAGAAGGAGGCGUCAGGCGUCCGGGGGGUGUCAGUGGGACAACACAUUCAAUAACAUACCGAACAGACAUAACAUGAACAAUGUCCAGAUGUUCAAUGCGGCUCAGGUCAGGCCAUCCCCAGGUCUAGCAUUGGUCACACACCGCGACCCGACCGGCAGACAGGCGUUGAGACAAGUUCAGGUGAACCCGAACGCCAACAAUCGGGUCGAAUAUGUCCAGGCCCAUAUCACCAAGAACAAUCUGAGGAAGGGCACCGGAACCAACCAGGCCACCAGGGACUUCACCAAGCUAAUGGGCAACAAUGACCCGAGAUUCGCCAAUGAUGACGCUGGUCAUAUCAUCGCCAAGAACCUCGGCGGUCCGGGUGACCAGCCCAACAACAUCUACCCCCAGACAGCCCUCCUCAACCAGGGCGACUGGAAGGGCAUCGAGAAGUUGGUGUUCGACGAGGUCGACAAGAAAGGGGACCGAGUAUUCUCACUCAAACUCAACUACGACGACUCGGCCGGUCUAUCUACACGACCCACUUCGGUAGUGUACAAGAUUGAAGAUCUCAACGGCAAUAUUAUACACUCUGGGGAUAUAGAAAAUCCCCUUAUACCUGCCGGCAUGAGGGCCAAAGAUUAUUAAUAGCUUUUACCACGGGUGUUUAUAUUUAUUCAUAUAUAACUAAGGACUUAAAUAUAUUUUAAUGGCACAUUAAA